AUGGUUGAAUCAAAAAAAAGAGUUAAUCAAUCAUUAGUUAAACCAAAAAAACCAAUAAAACAAAUCAAAUUAGGUAAAAAUACUAAAAUUACUAAAAAUGUAAAGCAACCUAUAAUUGAAGAACCAGAAGAACAAGAAGAACAAGAAGAACAAGAAGAACAAGAAGAACAAGAAGAACAAGAAGAACAAGUUGAACAAGUUGAACAAAUAGAAGAAAAAGAACAAGAACAAGAAAAAGAAGAAGAACAAGAAGAAGAUAAAAUAACAUUUAACAAUAAUGAAGAAGAGGAAGAGGAAGAAGAAGAAGAUGGUGAUGAUGAUAAAGAUGAAAAUGUUGAAAAAAAACCAAAAGGUAAAACCAAUGAACAAUUAUUAUGCGAAAGAUUUAUAAAAACAAUGGCAGCAUCAUAUGCUCAACAAUUAAAGGGUAAAAAUUCAACUGGUUCAACACUUAGAGGUUUAUAUUUUGAAUCAAUAAAUCAACUUAAACAUGAAGGAAUUAGAGAAUUAUUAUUUAAACCACAAUCUUGGCAUAAAUUUUAUAGAAUAGUUAGAGCAAUAUUAAAAUCUAAAAAAGAUAAUGAUAUUGAGGAUAUUGAAAUUAAAGAAACUGUCGAUGAUGAUGAUGAUGAAGAUGAUGAUAAUGAUGAAGAUAAUGAAAAUAAUAAUAAUAAAUCAGAAGAUGAGGAAGAGGAGGAAAUUUCAAAUACAAUUUUCAAAAAUUUAUUAUCAUAUCAAAUUAUUAGUGGUAGAGAAUCAUUAAUUCAACAAUUAAAAGAUAAUCAACCAGAAGAAUUACAACAUUUAUAUAAACAAUCAAUUUCAUUAAAUCAAUCCGAUAAAUAUUCAAUAAUUAUAAAUUCAUUUUUUAUAACUUCAAAAUUAUCACCUUGUCAAUUAUUACAUAAAUUUAUAAUGUAUUCUUUAACAUUAAAUAAUGUAACAAAUGAAAUUAUAGAUAUGUUAAAUACAAUUAUAGAUUUAUCAGAUAUUAAUGAUAAAGAAAGUAAUUCAAGUAUUUAUAAAUCAUUAAGACAAUUUUUAUCAAUUUCAAUUUUAGAUAAUUUAAAAAAUAAUAAUAGUAUUGAUAAUGAUGUUUCAAUUAUUAAAUCAUAUGUUAAAUUGGCAACUAAUUUAUUCAAAUUUUCAUUAUUAAAUUCUUCAAAUUCAUCAAUUCAAUUCAUUGAAUCUGAUUAUUCUGCAAUUAAAUUAUUAUUAGGUAAAUCAAUAACAUUUUUACCAAAAUUAGUUAGUAUGAUGACCUCUUUUGAUUUCUCUCAAGAUCAAUUUAUUCAGCAAUCACCAUCAAAUAAUAAAAAUAAUAUAAAUAAUAUUUCAAUAUUUUUAAAUCAAUUCAUUCAAGAAUCAAAAUUAUCAAAUCCACCAACAAAUUCAAUUAGUUAUUUAAAAUCAAGAAUUUUAUGUGAAAGAGGUAUUUUAGUUUUAACAAAAUUAAAGGAUCCAUUAUUAACAAAAUUAAAGAUAUCAUCAGCAACAUUACCAGUACCAGAAUCAUUAUUAAAUUUCUUUAAAGAGAAACAAGGUCAAUCAUUAUUAAUUAAAACUCAUAAAAGUAUGGAUGAUACUCAAGCAAUUAGAUUAUUAAAAUUAAAUAAUCUUUUAGAGAUUUUAAAUAAAAUUGAAGAAAUUGAAAAUCAACAACAAGAUGAUGAUGAUCAAGAAAAUGAUUAUAUUGAAGAUCAUUACACUAUUAAUAAAGAAGGAGAUAACACAAAUGACGAAAAUGGUGGUGCUGAUGAAGAAAUUGAAGAUCAAAUUGAUUCAAUGGAUGGUACAAAGAGUUUAUUAGACUUUUUAGAUGAAGAUGAUUUAAAAUCUGAUGACGAAUAA